AUGCAGUACGUCAGAAGUAUCGCCGGUUCUGUCACAAAGACCUACAACUCCAUAAACCCUGCUACUCUUAGCGGUGCAAUCGACGUUAUUGUUGUUGAACAGGAAAAUGGAGAUUUGGCCUGCUCUCCCUUCCAUGUGGAAUUCCGUGUCAAUGGGCAUAGAACCAACUUCCCCAUGAAGUUAGGCGAGGGAGGAGAGGCAUUUUUCGUUUUCGAAACCACCAGCGACAUCCCAGAAGACCUGCAAACAUCGCCCCUAGUAUCACCUGCUUCCAGCCCUAGACCGAUGUCCCCGGUUUCAGAUGGUGGAUCCGUGCUAGAUUUGGAAACUUUGGAGGAUCUAGAGAACGCGGGAAAGACGUCAUCUGCUGCUACCUCGGAUUCUGUCGCUAUACCUCGAAGGGCACAGUCGGACGCCGGCCAAGCCUCGCCGUAUUCGUUAUCUCCACCAGAUGUUAUCAAAGUCCGACCGCAGAGUGGCGACUGGAAAUAUAGUGGCUUGGACCGAUCAACCUCGGCCGAUAUCCUACCAUCUGAGGGCCAUAAGUUCAGCCUCGAUGACAGUCAUAAAGCGAAAUCAGCUGAGAAUACGCCUCGCUCCUCUUCACCCCUCAGUGAUCCAGAGAGAUUCGAAAGAGCUAGAGCGCUCUCUCGUAAGAUCUCGAUUCCCACGAGGAUUACCGACGAUGGUGACUUGAUGCUCGAUAUGAACGGCUACAAGACUGGGGAGGAGGACUCGUUACAAGCCGAGGUUAUGGCUAGGAGAAUCCUGGCUGACGAAUUCGAGUCGGGUUAUGAUCUUGGCUCGUUGAUUGGAGCAGACAGGCAUGGUAAUAUUAUUAUCUAUACCAGCGAAGAAGCUAAGGCUGAGGCCGAUAGGCGGGCAAGGGAAGCUUCCGCGGGACCGAUCGAUAUUUCUGAUCUCGAGUCUGGCUAUUCGUCGGAUGACGGCAAGAGCAUGACAAAUGAGCAGCUUGUCACCCCACCGAAGACACCGCCCCCAAGAGGACUCCAGUCGGAACCUAAAAACUAUGCAAAGACAUUACGGUUGACCAGCUGCCAACUUAAGAGCUUGGACUUGAAGCCCGGUGCGAAUACUCUCAGCUUCUCGGUCAACAAGGCCGUCUGCAAUGCCAACCUUUGGCUGUGGAAGUGGAACAUCCCAAUCGUGAUUUCCGACAUCGAUGGAACAAUCACCAAGUCUGAUGCUCUCGGACAUUUCUACAAUAUGCUCGGAAGGGACUGGACUCAUUUGGGUGUAGCCAAACUCUUCACUGAGAUUUCGGCCAACGGGUAUAAUAUCAUCUACCUCACCAGCCGAUCCGUUGGUCAAGCGGAUACCACACGAAACUACCUGAAUGGUAUCGUGCAAGACAAAUACAAGCUUCCAAAGGGACCAGUUAUCAUGUCUCCGGAUCGAACUCUCGCUGCCCUGCGUCGCGAAGUCUAUCUUCGGAAACCGGAAGUCUUCAAGAUGGCAUGUUUGCGUGACAUCCUUAGCUUGUUCGGCGAGAAUGCGAACCCCUUCUACGCGGGCUUCGGAAAUCGGUUGACAGAUGCCCUUUCCUAUCGAUCGGUUAACAUCCCAUCGACUAGGAUUUACACCAUCGACUCGAACGGAUCGGUCAUUCUGGACCUUCUCACUUUGACAACCUACAAGUCUACAUAUGUCAACAUGAGGGACGACGUCGACCAUUUCUUCCCACCGACUUCAAAUUUAACAACUGACGAGUCUUGUACGGAUUUCAUUUACUGGAGACAGCCAAUUGACUAUGCUUCCUUCAGCGACUCCGAAGACGAAGGCGAGGAUAAUGACGACGAGGAUGACGACGAGGAUGAUGAAGACGGACCAAUUGAUGGCGAAGAAGAGUACUAUGACGACGAGAAUGACGACGAUGCACAUUACGAAGACGCACUUGCCGGUUCAUUCCUUAGCCAAGGCUCCUACAAUUCAUUCAGAAGCAACAUGAUCGAAGAACAGAACGCGCAAUUUGACGAAGCGUUAAGAAUCAACACACGCGGAAGAAUCGUCGAACAACUACUCGAGAACGAUAAGAUGAGCCGGGCGGCAGGAAAGUUGAAGACUGUUUAUGGCGACAACAUUCCUGAAGCCGGUCUUUCCGACGAAGGUGCCGAACAUAUUGGGAAAGUUCACGUAGCUGACCCAAGGGUCUUGGAAGCUCAGGAUGAUAUCUUCCGCCAUGAAAAUCUUGGGACUGUGGCGAGCCCCGACAACGAUAACGAUAGCAAUCCGGGGAUGCUUAGGCACGUCGCGGAUGUUGUCGAAGAGUACAUGGGGGUGCAACAGAAACAACCACAAACCGAGCCUGUUGAGGCUGCAUCGGCGUAG